AUGAAAUCGGCUGCUACAACAAUUGCUAAGAUGAAAACUAAAAAGAGUAACUUUGUGUAUGGGUGUGGUUUCGGGAAAACAGGAAGUCUUUUUACUAGAGUAUUACGAGAAACCGGACAGAAAGAAUUCAAGAAUCCCAGACAAAUUCAAUACUUCAAUUCACGUAAUAUUCGUCAUAUUGCAGCUGGGUUCGGCUUCUCAAUUUUGGCAUCGGAGCGGAAACUUUAUGGUGGUGGCGUUGAUAUUUUUAGCAACAAUUUAGAUAAUAGGAAUUAUUGGAGUGAAGGUAUUUGCCUGAAUCCUAAUGCCAAGGACAAGCAAUUUAGUACCAUAAUAGACGUUGCGGCUGGUCGACGACAUUUUCUGGUUGCAUCUAAAAAGGCAGUCUAUGCAUUUGGUGAUAAUGCUCACGGGCAGUGCGGACAGGAUCCUGAAAAUAUGCCUUUUGUAAGACUAGAAAAUAAACCAUUUCAAAAAAUUACGAUUCCUUCGGAUUCAGAAAUUGCUCGGGUACAUUGUACAUUAGAUACAUCAUUCAUCCUUCUGGAUUCUGGUGAAGUAUUUUCAUUCGGAUUAGGUACAGAUGGACAAUUGGGACGCGGAAAAUGCAAUUGUGAUUGGCGUUGUCUACCAGUUGAAGGUGACUUGAAGGGAAUGAAGGUAAAAACUUUAAAAGGGAGCACGGAUACUUUGAUGGCGGUGACAAAGAGUGGUGAAUUAUUCAUGUGGGGACAAAAUGAAUACGAACAAAUGUAUCCGUUUGUAAAGGAUAUUCAAAGGAGCUUUCCAUGUGAGAUUCGUCUUUCCAUGGAGAAAAUUACACUAGCAGAUUCUACAGCAACUUCUUGUAUAGCAUUAAGUAACAAUGAUCAAGUUUAUGUUUGGGGUUUCGGAAUUCUCGGUAUGGGACCCAAUGUUACAUCACUACGACGACCAGCGCUCCUGGAAAGUAAUCUGUUCAGCAGUGGUCCUAAUGAUUCGGGUAAAGUCAAGAAGGUUUUCGCUGGUAAUUCUUCGAUGUUUGCUGUUUCAAGAACGGAUAAUCUGUUUUCUUGGGGUCUUAAUAGAUUCUCUCAUUUAGAUUGCGCAAUGUCCGAUAGUGAUGAAACUGACGAAGAAGCGGCAGAAGACAUUGGUAUUAACUCCGGAAAAGAAGAUGAACAAGAAGUGGAAAGUGCAGCAGCAAAUAGUUUGGAAGAAGAAAUUUCUCGAAAUUUCAAGUAUGAAACAUUAUGCAAAUACUUAGAUCGUAUGCAGCAAAUUCAUUUCAAGAACAAAUUCGGUAAAGAACGAGUAUUAAAAGCAUUAGUGACAAAAUGGACAACAGACGCUUCAAAAUUUACAAGUGAGGCUGUUAGCUUUUAUCCAGUUUUACGUAUUAUGGCUAAUUCACUGGAUCGGCGGAAAUUUCGCAUGAAAUCGAAGCGAAUUAUAUCGAAAAUAUGCCAAGUAUUGUUUCUUCCUCCAAAGACGAAAAAGGAAUUGUUGCAGAUAGAUUCCAAGAGUGCGGACCAAUCGAUUAUGAAACUGGCAGAAGAAGUUUCAAUGCGAAAUCCAACUAUUACUAAACGUGAGCUCUCUCUUUUUGAUGUAAACGAUUCGCUGUGCAAAAUAACAGAAGGAGAAAUAAGUAAUGAAGAACUAGAAAAGCUUUUAAAGACCUGCGCAACAGUACGCGAAGUCUACUGGCUUUUGCAAGUAUUGGUUCGUAAAAUUGAAGUAACAUCCGCAAAUUUAGUAAGCUGGAUACAUCCGAAUGGAACUGCGUUAUAUCAAUCUGGCAUCAGCUUACGAGAAAUAUGUGAUCUUGCUGCGGAAGGUAAAAUAGCAGACAACUCGAGCAUGCUUUUCCGUCGCUUCGAACCAAUGUUAUUAUCAAGAAUCAGGCACGGUACUGGAGAUGUUUACGAUAAACUGGUUCAUUUCUGUGGCCAAGAAUUUUAUGUGGAAUUAAAAUAUGACGGUGAACAUUUCUUGCUACACAGAGGACCAAAUUGUGAAAUUCGAUACUAUUCCCGAGUUCAGAAUGACUUUACAAAUACCAUAGCACCAAUACUGGAUCAUAGAAUCAAUCCAUAUUUUGCGCCUUGUAUUGAAAGCUGUAUACUGGAUACUGAAUUACUGCUUUGGGAUACUGUUGAUAAAAGAUUUGUUGGUCAUAAUGCACAAGCAUCGGAUGGUCGUAUUUAUGAUGUGAAAGCUUUGAGAACAGAUGGUGCAGUAGAGCCAAGUGUUGCGGUAUUUGAUGUUUUAUUUUUGAAUGGAAAACCACUAACAGAUGUUCCUCUAAGCGAAAGGCUUGCCCUUCUUCAAAGUGGAAAUGUUUUGCAAAAACAAGACACGACAAAAAUAUUCGUGUCAAAGUUCACUGUCGUCAAAACGAGAGAAGAAUUUGCUUCGAUAUACCAAGAAGCUAUAACAAAUGGUCAAGAAGGCAUUGUAGCGAAGAAAAUAAAUUCGAUCUAUAAAAUGGGUAUGCGUCAAAUGGCAAAUGGUUGGUUUAAGGUAAAACCGUUCCAUUUGGGUAGUGAGACACUGGAUCUUGCAAUUGUUGGUGUCGAUCUUGGUAGGAAUGAUAAAAUCAGUAAUUAUUGUGUGGCUACACUUAGAGAUGGUAAGUUUUUUAUGGUCGGCAAAGUAGGAACAGGAUUGGACGAGACGACACGUACAUUUAUUAAAAAUCGUUUGACGCGAGACCAUGGUUUUUUCAAAAGUGACAGGAUUCCGAGCUGGAUUCAUGAAGAUCAUACAUCAAACGAUUUGCCAACUUAUUUUGUAAAACGCAAUAACAUACAAGUUGUUGAGAUUCGAGCUAAAGGACUAAGAAAUGGCCGAUUAUAUGCUCCUACUCUGAAAGCAUAUCGGGAUGAUAAAUAUGUAAAAGACAUCGACCAGUACCAAGCAUUUUUAGACUUCGAUAAGAAUUUACGUCUAGAUAGUAUAAAAAAUGCUCAAAACGUAACAGAUUCAAAAAGGCGAAUGAUAACUGCUCAUGUAUUUGAGCAAUAUCAAACUAAGAAAGCACGGAUCAAUGAAAUAAAUCAAGAUCUUAAAGGGAAACAAAUCUGUGUCUUAAGAGGUACCUCUAAUGUAACAAUCCAGGACUUGCAAGAGAUCAUUGUUUCCUUUGGUGGAAUUCACGUCGCUAAUCCAGGUCCGAAAACACUUUUUGUUGUGACUGGAGAGCCCAAACAUGUGAAAUCAAAGUCGAUUAUUAAAAGUAACAAAUAUAAUGUGGUCAGCGCAGACUGGCUUAUAACGUGCAAAAAUAUGAGCAAAGUCAUACCUAUAACGAAGAAGGAAACUGUUCACGUUGUUGACGAUAGUCUUUAUUCGUUAUUUGGAGAUGAUAGAGAAUUGGGAAAUUCCAUCAUAUCGGCGAGCUCUACUGCAUAUACAGUAGCAGGUGUCAGUGCUUUGCUGGACAAGAUAAAAGUACAUAAACGGAAGAAACCGUUAGCUGCUGAGGAAGCAUUAAGAAAACAGUUACUUAUGGAUGAAAAAUUUGAUCGAUUUUAUGGCCAAACGUUUUAUUUACAUGACGACUUGACGAAAAUCCAGAAAAUGUACACUCAAACCUUAUUGCGAAUGCACGGUGCUGAUUUGAGUACAAAACAAAGCAGUGCUGUUACUCAUGUUGUAGUCCCUGACAGGAAAAUAAUGUAUGAUAACCUGCCAAAGAAAACGACCGUUGUUGACGUCUGCUGGUUGGAAAAUACGCUUGAUAUACAAUAA